AUGGCUGGCCCUGCCUGGUUGAAUCUAACCUUCUUGAGGAAAAAGUCAUCCGAGUCCAAGGUCCUUUAUGAAAUCCCAGCCGAAUAUGGAAACAACACCGGCAAUAAAGAGCUGUCCAGCCCUCCUCAAAGCACAAAUAACGCUGGCAGUCAACUUGAAGCCAAACUGGAAAAGAUUGUGGACCAGUCUGCCACCAAAAGCUGUCAUUUCAAAGUCUCUCACUCUGGCCGUUUCAAAGAGAAAAAGAAGGUUCGAUCAAGUUUGACUGAAAAUUCCAACAUCUUCAACGAACACAACAGGACUGAUGAGAAAUAG